AUGAAGAGCGUCACCGCCAUCCAGCUCGUUUCCAUGCUCCUUGCGGCACCCCUGGGCAUCAACGCCUACAAGGUCGAGGUCAUGAAGGUGGAAAACGCCAAGUUCCAGAACGAAAACACAAUCACCUACCGGGAGCCCGGGAAGCCCGGUCGCGUCACCUGGGGAUGCGACCCCAAUGACGGCGACCACCUCGCUCUCAGCGCCGACCAGACCUACGCCACCUGCUGCAACAAGCCCAAUUCCGUCCUGGCCGGGUCCGCCGCCACCGAGUUCCACUGCUGUAGUGGCGACGAAGAUGUUGCCCUCGACGCCGAGGGUGCCUACGGCUGCUGCCCCGCCGGCCAGAUCUUUGGCGGCGCGUGCAAGGAGCUCUGCAAGAAUGGAAAGGAGUUCGACGCCGAUGGCAACUGCGUCUGCCCCAAGGGCGAGGAGGUGCAACCGGAUGGUAACUGCGGAGUGACCCGCAAGCCUGACGUGGACAACGGCGACAAGCCUGCUUGCAAGUCUGGCCUGGAGACCGGCAAAUGCUACCAGUUCAAGGGCAAGGAGAGCGGCAAGCUCCUCGCCUAUGUCAACAACCAGUACUCCGAGACGGCUCGAGCCAAGAACGUCUUCCCGGGCAAGUUCCUGUUCUGCCUGGACGAGACCUGCAAGGCCGGCAUCCCCGUGAACCCCAGCAACCAGAUCUACAUCAAGGACCUCCACGGGCCCACCCGCGCGCAGACCGGCCAGUGGCUCGACGGAGCCGUCAACGGCGCGCACAUUGGCAAGACCCCCGAGUUUGCCAAGGCCGGAUCCUUCUCCAUCUCAAAGUGGACCUGCGGCACCUACUGCCUGUCGGGCUUCAUCCACGGCCUCGACAUCGCCUGCCCCACCACGGACCCGUCCAUCAGCUUCUACACCAACGGCGACGCCGAGGCCUGCGUGCCCUUUGAGCUCAUCGAGGUCCCCUGCGACAUCAGGGACGAUGCCAACAACUGCCUGUGGGACCUGCCCGCCAAGAAGUGCUAA